GCGAGAACCGUUACUUUGAUGCAGCUCACCACCAAUUGCCAAAGAGAGCGAGAUUAAAGGAGACGCACUCUCUGCCACAGCACGCCGCCAUCACCUACUUUUUUUUCUGGCACGUUGACAGCGAAGUUGCAGCAACAGCAACGACAACCGCAAGGCGUCGGCAGAUUUGUCAGUGCGUUGGGCAAGAGGGGGCUUUGACGGCUCACUGCACUGAACACUACAAAAGCACUGUCGCAUAAUCCGGAAAUCUUCUCGACCACAAAGAGACACCUUUUUUUUUUAAUCAGCUGUGUCUUGAACUCAGUGAUGCACGGCCGAACACAUCCCAACUCCCUCCCCGCCCUGAAGCGGCGAUUGUCGCCGAAGCCGGCGGCAUCGCAGGCUGACUUCCAAUCCUCUCCUCCUCGCAAAGGCAUCUCUCGCACUUCUGCAGCGGGCGAGGCGGCGGCGAUGCCGGCAUCCUACGGACAGCCCUGGGCGACGCCGGCGACCCUCGACUCUCCCCAGGCCUUCCUCCCACAAAAGCAUCAGAAAAGUGCAGGCGAGACCGUUACAGGAGGUCCCAGCGGACGGUCACGCACCACCGCCACUCCGAUAACUUCGACAUCUCCGCUGCUCAGCACUCCCACGCCGGUGGAAAAAAACGUGGGUGCCCCGUCUGUGCGCUCUACGCCUCACGAAGGACAAAGCCUGGCGACGAACAGCUUCGAUGCUGCCGGCUCUGGUUAUCGCGCCGUCAAUCGCACCUCAGAAAGUGCGUCAUUUUCUGCACACGUCGCAGGCGUCACGUCUACGGUGCGGGGGGAGCGUCUGAAGGAGCUGGAGGAUUACGUCCUCCAACGGGCCGGCCGUCAUGCGAUAAUGACGGAACGCCAGAAAGCCGUGCAAAAAGCCCUGUCUCUCCUGCCGACCCUCUACCCACAAUUGACGAACAUUUUGGACUCCGUGCAGCGGUACACCGAGGACAUGGCCGCGCAGGUGCGGCACGCCGACGACGACAAGGCAGAGGCGCUCCGCCAGCAAGAGCAGAAGCUCUACGCCAAGUUCGAGACCUUCUUUGAAGGCAAAAUCAAAGAGCUGGUGCUGGCGCGGCAGAAGGCGGAGGCACGCGCAGAAGCCGAACACGCCGCGGCCUAUACCGUUCGCAAAGAGCGCGACACGGAGCUGGUCGAGGUGAAGGAGGAGCUGCUGGAGAGACUGAACGAGUGCGAGCACACCGAGGACCAGUUUCGCGACUUCCGCCACCUCAUCGCGUCUGUCUUCCAAACAAACCAGCAGCUCACCUUGCGCAUCGACCAGCUCGAAAGCGUGCUGGCGCGGCACCGCAUUGACAUCCCUCCGGCAAGUACGGAGCUCUCGGCCUACAAGACGUCGUCGGAGGUGCAAGAGACAGGCGCCGGCCGCGACGGUGCCAACGGCGGUAAUCGUGGCAACAGCGGGACGGAGGUGCGGGCGCUGUCCACGCAGGUUUCGGUGGCCUUCCUCGCAGCCACGAACAAGGAGCUCGUUAAGUCCCGUCUCACCCUUCAGCAGGAGCUGCUGCACUCUGCGUUUGACGAUCACUCGGCUUACCGCCUUCGCAUUGCGGGGCUCUCCCGGGAGAACGAGGACCUCACCUUCCGCAUCAGCGAACUGGAGGAGAAGGUCAAAGACCUCUACACCUACAUCCACGAGAAACGCUUCUUCACGCAGGUGGAUGAGUACGGUAACGAGACGACGCCUCUGACGCCGCGACCGCGCGAUGUACCGCUGGCGCUGCAGUCUGAACUCGGCAUCGAGCUCCGCCACUCCACCGCCGACAUUCUGACGGAGCUGUCGACGGUGGCGAUCAACAUGAAGCAUCAGCUGAAUUCGGCGCUGUUGCGGGCACGGCAGCUGCACAUGCUCUCCGCGUGGCUCAACGAGGGUGACAUCACCUGCGGGGACGCUGCCAGCGGUGUUGGGGUUGUGGGGGCGAUGCUCGAACACGUCGCGGAGGCCGCCGUCAUUCCGGUGUUCCCGGUCGCCUCGUGGCCUUCGGUCCCGCACUUUUUGCGCACGAACGUGUCGCCGGAGGUGCGAAAUUGCUUCUGGACGGAGGCGCAGGCGGGGUGCAUCCUGUACAACUUUUUUGUCUCCUACAAAGCUGUUCGUGGCCGGGCGCGGUUCGUGCGCGAUGGCAAGAUGCUCGCCCCACGUGUGUAUCAACCUUUUGAGCACCGCCGCGUGUUGCUGACGCGACUGGACGCGAGCAAAGCAGAAGCGGCGCAGUCGGAGGAAAAGAUCCCGUUUGGUUACGUCGUCUCCCAGUUUGCGCGAGAGGUGCUGAUACAGCUGUCGCCGCAGAGCACGCAAGACGCGUUGCCGCUGGUGCUGCCGGGCACCAUUACGACUCGUUACCCGUUGAACCCGCCUGCGAGGGGAGCGGCUACUGCUGCCGCUGCCGCUGCCGUCGAGGCCGUCAACUCAAAGCGCAAGAAAAGUGUGCCAGCCAGAAAGAUAGUGGACGGAGAGGUCGACGAAAAGGAUUGCGAGUGGGCGGAGGCCGCGCCGGUGGUGGAGUUGGAUUGGACGCGGUUCACCUACAACAUGUGGUACGCGGCGAUGCGCUACCAGCAGACGCAGCCGCUGUGUCAGCUCUUCGUGGACCUCGUUGAUGGACGGCUGCCGCUGGAGACCUUCGACGUGAUGGAGAACGUGCUGGCGCGAGUGCAGCGGCUGGUCGACCAGCUCGACAACGAUCGCAGCCGCCGCUUCUCCUACCAGCGCCUCGUGAACGGCGUCGUGCGCUGGGUGAAGGACGCCGGUGCGCAGGCGGUUCUGCGCGGAGUCCAGGCCGUUGUGCAGUCCUUUGAGAGUCACCACAGCGUCAUCCACGGCGGCACCCUCAGCCCGCUGGACCUUUUCGCGGAUGAGACGUACUGCGAUCGCGAGGAGAUGGUGUCGUCGCUGCCGACGGAGAAGCACGAGCACAAGCAGCGCAACACGGUUGUGCGGGCGAGUGGGACCGUCUCGGCGGCAACGUCGGCGGUCCCUGCGACGCAGGAGAAGCCCAGAACCCCGCUGCCCGGCUCACUCCUGAUCCGUCAGCUCCCCUUACCGUCGGUAGGGCGGGGCGUUGUGUCGUCCUUCGCCCUCGCCCCCCUCGGCGCGACCGCCUUUGUGCGACACUGGCGCAGAUUCGUCCGGGACGCGCUCGAAGAGGUGUACACCCGCAUUGAGACGGUGCUGGCACCGCUGGUGGAGGAAAGCGAGGUGGUGAUUGGGCUGCACCUUCUGUCGGUGCCACGUGCCCAGGCGGUUCUAGCGGAGCUGGACAACUUAGCGUUGCAGGCAGCGCUGCGCUCCGCUGUGUUUGGUGGCAGCACGUCCGCCGGCAGCAUCUCCUUCGAUCUCACCGGUCACAACCCCGGCGACACACUGACCGGUGCGAAGCUCGUGGCGGAGGCGGCCGACCUGCUCGGCGUCCACGGCGUGGCGCGGAGUUUUCUCAAGCUGCUCGAGUCCCGCCGAGGGGCUCAGGAGGAGAAGAAAGUCGUCGAGCGGCAGGUGGCAACGGAGACGGUGAUGAAGGCGGUGAGUCUGCUCCCCCGCUUCAAGCGCUCCACUCACUUUCCCUUUCAGCAGCAAAGCGAGGCGGCUGCGGCUGCGCUGCGCCAGGAGCUGGAGGCGGCGGAGGACGAAGAGGAAGGCCCCGGUGUGGACGGUGGGCCGAGCUCCACUCUCCAGCAGCCCCUGUUGCCAGUCUCGAAAGGGAGUUCACCGUCGACAGAGAAGAAGAACGGUAAAGGUGGUGGUGGCAGCAAGGUGAGCAAGGAGAGCGCAAAAGCAGCUAUUCCGCCACGAAGGAGUGCCAAGAAGUACUUUGCGGGUAGUGUUGCGAGUCCUACCGAUGCAAAAGGUGGCCUGCUGCCCAACACAUCAGAACAGGGCGAAUCGCGCACUUCUUCUCAGCGGCCAAAGAGGAGCAAAGCGCUGAAGAAGUCGAGCAGCGCCCGCCUGGUGGACGAUUCAACGUUGCCGGAGUUGUCGUCGCAGACGGGGCGACCUUUCAAGGUGGGAAGCGCCACUUUCGCUAGUGACUUAUUGUCGGCCUCGGAGGAAGGGGAGCUGGUGGAGUGGUAUCGGCUGCGGCACAUGCUGCGCCAGACGAUGCCUGAUUUCCCCUUUCUGCUCUUCCAGCCAGACGCGUACGAGCUUGCCGAGGAAGCCGAGGCGUUGUCCGAGUACCCAGUGUUGAGGGCAUUUGAAGAGUCCCCUCCAACUGACGUGAAGGAGAAGGAAAGGUAA